AAAAAGGGUAUUCCGGGUAUACGAAGCGUGGUGGAAGCUAUUACAAGGUGUUUGCACAACACAUGACCAACGACGCUGCCAAGCAGAGGUGUCAAGAAGAUGGAGGCCAUCUUGCUGAUGUCAAGACACAAGACCUGCACGACUUCCUUGUCUCCCAGAUCAUGAAGGUGGAUGGAAGUGAAAGCCACUGGAUCGGGCUACAGUAUCUGUCGGGAGAGUGGAGGUGGUCAGAUGGCACUGCGGCUGUCUUUACCAACUGGGCACCAGGAGAGCCUAACAAUCCUGACCAGCAGUGUGUGAACCUCCGGCAGCCAGUCGGCUUUAGAUGGGACGACAAUCAAUGCACAAAGACCAAGCACUUCAUCUGUCAAAUCGGCCCUGUCAUCACUUGUCCUACUCGCUAUGAACUGUUCAUGGGGAAGUGUUACCGCUUCUCCGUCGACCGCAAACCGUACAACGAGUCACGGGCCACAUGUCACGAAGAAGGCGGUCGCCUAGCAACAGUGAAGAAUAACGAGACCCACAACUUCCUGGCCAAUCACGUGAGAGCUACAACUAAAGCACACACCUGGAUUGGGCUGACUGAUGAGGCGACAGAGGGUCUGUGGGUUUGGGAUUAUGGCACCUUGCUGGUUGGUGAUGGGAUCUGGGGGACAGGCGAACCAAAUGGUGGCACAGGGGAAAACUGUGUUCACAUCUAUCCUGAUAAGGACUACCUCUGGAAUGACAGAAUAUGCCCAAGCUCUUACUACUACAUCUGUGAAAUCUAAGGCUUGCUAGCUGCUACAUGUAGACUAUAUAGCCAGCUACUACAUGUAGACUACAACUGUAUAAUGACAAGUAUACUAGCACUGUGACAACAUAAAACUAAAACAAGACAUACGUAUAGGCCCAGAUGUGUAUGCUUAUAACUUUUGCUAGUCCUUAUGUAAGAUGUCAAGGACAUAACUUUAGUCAGAAUAAAAGGA